UUCUUCUUUUCGCAAACCAAAUCGAAAGCAAAGAGUUUGAAAUCUUCCGGAUCAAUGGUGUUUUCUUGUGAAGGAGGAGACUACAACUCGGGACGUGAGAGACCCAAGACUCAUCAGAGUUUCACCCUCCCGGACUUGAAGUGGGGAGUUCAGCGAAGUCUCAGGUGCAUGAAGGUCCGAUCGGAGGAAAGGAUCGAAGAGUACGGGGAGAAGAUCAUGUCGGAUCUUAAGAUGAAGGAUUCAAUCUUCAAGGAACGAGUUGUAGAUUACGAAGAGAAGAUGAUGGAGACGGAGACGGAGACGGAGAGGGAGGCUUCUCCGCCGGGAGUGGCGGCGACGGAGGUGAAGCCGUGGAAUUUACGGAAGAGGAGAGCAGCUUGCAAGGCUCCGGUUACAGAAUCUGGAAACUUCGAGGGCGCGAAGUUCAUGUCGACGCUGUCGAAGAAAGAGAUGGAAGAUGAUUACAUGACGAUGAUGGGCCGCCGACCGCCGCGGCGGCCCAAGAAGCGUCCCAGAACACUUCAGAAACAGAUCGAUGUAAUUGUUGCAUCCAGCUUUUUAUUUUACCGAAGUUACUGAAGAUAUCUACGAAGUUCCAGAUGCUGCAGAGACCAGAAAGAGAUGAUGGUGUCAUGAAUGAUGGAGGAUAAGUUCCAGUUAGCCUUAUCUUGCUGACUUGUGGAAUCUAUUGAUGUUUGGAGUUACACAAUUUUGUUCUUUUUUAGCUAUUCUUUUGUUAGUUUAUUUUGGUUUAUUCGUGUUACAAAAUCGGCUGAAAUAACAUGUAAGUAGGUUCUGAUGUAAUUAGAACAUACUCUUUCUUUCAGCAUAUCACAUCAAACGGAACAGCCAAUAGAAAUCAAUAAAAAGGAUGAACAUUUUCCACCAA